UUCACCAAUACUAAAUCUCAACCAGGGACUUUGUGUUACUCCACCUAUUCUACAAACAGUAAUUAGAUUCCUGCACUGGGCCGUUGUACGAAUUUUAACUUUUACGGCAGAUUUGAAAUUUAUUUGCCACGAUGGAACAAGCCCUUGUCGUGUUACAGUAUGUCAUGGCGGUACAGGGUUCGGUUGGUGUAAUCGGGAAUCUUCUAGUGUGUUUGACAAUUGCAAAAACUAAAUCAAUGCAUAAUGUAACCAACUGCCUUCUUUUCAACUUGGCUUCGGCAGACGCAUGCGUGUCACUCAUGGCUUUCUUGGAGCUUUACUUUGGACUUCAUUUCCGUUCCAAAAUCGGUAUAUUCGGAUAUUGCACUCCAUCAUUCAUCUUCAAUUUCAACUCCCAUUUCAUGUACGGCUACUUUGUGAAAAGUUUAUAUACAUGCUCAAUACUGAGUCUGACUUUAGCAACAUUCGAACGCUACAUUGGGAUCAUUCACCCAUUCCAGCAUUCGAGUUUCUUGACAAGAAGAAAGAUCAUCAGUAUGUUGUGUUCUACCUGGGUGUUACCGCUUCUGUAUGAGUUGCCGACAACAAUAGCCUUUAUCAUCCUGUACGUAUCCGAUAACUGCACAAUACCAACAUACGACAAGUACCCAGGUUUGCUUGUACUAGAAGUAGUGAGAACAUUCGCGACGUUUGUAUUGCCUUGCAUUGUACUGGCUUUCAUGUACAUCAAGAUCUUGGUAAAUUUGAAGUCAGGAGCUCGACAUCUUGAAGAACAAGGAGUCCAGGGGCCACCUCAAGAGCUUUAUCGAGCUCACAAGAAAGUCACUCAAGCUCUUAGCUUCGUCGUAGCAGCCUUCUUCAUUCUCAUUCUGCCAGGUCAAAUGUUAAGGCUGUUAAUAAUUUACACUAAUUAUUUUGGUGGUAAUUACGACUUAUCGGAAUGCCUUUCUAAAAUCAACUCUAUAUUGAUUUCAUGUAACUCUGUCAUAAAUCCAAUUGUAUAUGGAUUCAAAUACACACAGCUACGCAGAGCCUGUAUUGCCGUCCUAUGCCCAUGUAGUACACGCUGUAACAGGUCCAACCAAGUUCAACAACACGUCCCAGGCAGAAUUUAA